ACAAUAAUGGUCCAAGGAAUCUUCAAUCUCAUCGCUCAACAGGACCAGAAUACCAGUAUUGGAAUAGCUAGGGACUCGAGGAUGAUUGCAGCAGAGAGCAAGCGGGACAGUACAUCUAUGAAAACGAUUGCAGUUGUGACGAUGACUUUUCUACCAGGGACGUUUAUUGCGGCUAUUUUUUCCAUGCCUAUGUUCCAAUGGGAUGCCACCAGCCCCACAGAUGUUGUCAACAAAAGGUUCUGGGUCUACUGGUCUAUCACGAUUCCUCUCACUCUUCUCACAUUUUUGGCAUGGUUCUUCCGGAUCAGA